AUGCACUUACCUCUUUUUGCUUUAUGUUUUUCAGCAUUGGACACGCUGUCAAUCAUCAGACCAGUCAGUGGAUCACUCUCAGGGAAAGUAAAUCUUCCCUGCUUCUUCUCCACCAUACCAACUUCAGCACCAGUCAUCAGUCCCAGUGGAGCGGCUGUUUCUGGCAGUGAUUACUUAAGGAUCAAAUGGACAAAAAUAGUUGGGAACGUAGAAUCCACGGUGCUGGUGGCACAAAAUGGGGUCAUCAAGAUAGGCUCGAGUUACAGGAACCGCGUGUCAGUUCCAAGUCACCCCAAAGACGUUGGUGAUGCCUCCCUGACAAUGGUCAAGCUGCGCGCCAGUGACGCGGGAACGUACCGCUGUGAGGUCAUGUACGGCAUCGAAGACACGGAGGAUACUGUAAACCUUGAUGUCAGUGGUGUCGUUUUUCACUAUCGAGCAAGCAGCAGCAGGUACACUUUUGAUUAUCACACGGCUGUCCAGACUUGCCAUGACAUCGGAGCAACCAUUGCCACCUAUGACCAACUGAAAGCAGCUUAUGAGGAUGGCUUUGACCAGUGUGAUGCUGGCUGGCUUGCUGACCAGACAGUAAGAUACCCAAUUACAAACCCAAGAAAAGGCUGCUUUGGAAACCUUCUGUCUAAACCUGGUGUGAGGUCAUAUGGAACGAAGAAACCUACAGAGACCUAUGAUGUGUACUGUUAUGUUGACAAACUUGAUGGUGAAGUUUAUUAUGCUCCUGUGACCCACAAAAUGACAUUUGAAGAAGCCAGUGAAGAGUGUAAGAAGAGGAGUGCUGUCCUGGCAACCACUGGCCAGCUUCAUGCUGCUUGGAGACAAGGGCUGGACCAGUGUGACUAUGGCUGGCUGUCCGAUGGCAGUGCAAGACAUCCCGUUGCAGUGCGCAGACUUAAAUGUGGAGGAGGCCUGCUUGGUGUCAGGACCAUGUAUCGCUACAGAAACCAGACUGGGUUCCCAGAGUCUACUAAGAAGCUUGGGGCUUACUGUUUUAAAGGUGAAAGCUCACUCUCGCACACACCAUUUUGUGUAUUUACAGCAAAUUCAAGAUUUUCUGCAUCGGGAUGA